AUGAACGGCCCGCCCCCUUCCACGCGAGCCUUUCUCUCCGACCUCCCUUCUCUCCCGACAGGCUUCAAACUGAUACGCCUUAGCGUGAGAACCUACAAUAUUCCUACAGGUCAUCUAAUCCUAGAACACGACUAUCCCCGCCGUAGAUUUUCCACCAACGCAGGAACAGAACCCGCCUCUGUGGCCGUCGAUGUCAACGCGGUUCUGGAAUCUGUGACGGCGGAGGAACUGCGUGUCGGGGCUUGGGUCAAUGUCGUGGGUUAUGUGAGGAGCUGGGGCUCGGACGGCGGUGAUCAUGAUGCCCUCCGCAAGCUGAGGAUGUCGAGUCCGGUGUAUGUGGAGGCUGUGAUUGUUUUCUCAGCAGGUGUGAUUGAGCUGGGCGAGUAUGAAAGGGUUCUGAGGGAAGCGUUGGAGGUCGUAAGGCGGAUUCCGAGGCCGGAUUGA